AUGCUUGACAAUGCAGCAAGGUCGGGACGGAUCUCUAAAUGGAGUUCUCAAAUCAAACAGUUCGAUAUCUUCUAUGAAAUGAGAAUGGCAGUAAAGGCACGGGCAGUGGCCGAAUUUCUGGAAGAUUUCCCUUUAGACGAUGAGGACGAAGUCGAAGACAUUCCAGGCAUGGAAGAAGACCGAGAAGAUCCAUCCGACCUCCUUGAAACCUGUAGUACAACACGAUGGGAAGUCUUUGUAGACGAGUCGUCCAAUAAAGAUGGGUCGGGCUUAGGACUAGUCUUCACCAUACCAAAGGGGAAGAAGAUGGUUCACUCCUUUAGGCUUGAAUUCAAGGCAACAAACAAUGUCACUGAGUACGAGGAUGUGAUACAUGCUUUGCGGAUGAUAUUCGAAAUUGGGAUCCACGACGUGAGGCUAACUAGUGACUCUCAGUUAGUUAUUAGGAAGAUCAAUGGGCAAUAUGCUAUACAUGACCCAGUAUUGCAGAAGUAUUCGGAGCUCGCCCAAUUUUAUAUCAGCCAAAUACCAAACAUCAAGUUCCGACACAUUUGCAGAAAAGAAAAUCGACAUUCGGACGCGUUGGCAUACAUCUCCUCCAUGCUAACAUACCCGAUCAUUGAAGGCAUCAGAGUUAUGAGAAUCCUGAUGUCAUCCGUACCCGAGCCAGUAAACAUAAAAGCAUAUGUAGCGGUAACCACGACCGAUAAAUAUGAAUCCGGCGAUUGGCGAAAGCCCAUUCACCAGUACUUGGAGACAAGAGAGUUACCCAAGGGACGACCUGAGAUCAACAAGAUUAAAAGCAAAGCAGCGGUGUACGAACUAAGAGACGGUGUUCUGUAUAGAAAGUCCUACCUAGGGCCACUGUUAAGGUACCUAAAAAAAGAAGAGGGGCACUCAAUACUAAAUGAGCUACAUUAUGGGGCCGCGGGCAAUCAUAGCUCGGUUCGGAGCUUGGCAACCCGAGCCAAAACCAUGGGAUAUUUUUGGCCCUACGUGAACGAAGAUGCAAAACACAUGGCAUUAAUUUGUGAUGAAUGCCAAAAGUUUGGCAAAAAAAUACACGCACCUGCAGUAACUCCAAACUCAAUUGUUAGCCCUUGGCCUUUCUCCAAGUGGGGGAUCGAUAUUGUAAGACCCUUACAUGUCGGGUCGGGACAGAGAAAAUAUUUGAUCGUGGCUACUGAUUACUUCACAAAAUGGGUAGAAGUUGCACCACUUCGGCACAUUCGGGAUAAGGACAUUUUUCGUUUUAUUGGGAACACAUCAUUUGUCGUUUUGGCGUACCAACAGCAAUCGUCUCGGAUAAUGGAAAACAAUUACAAGGAAAGAACAUUGACCUUCUAUUUAACACCUACAACAUCCGAAAAAGCAAGGUGA